AUUUUGUUUAGCUACACUGCGCGUAUCUUUUGUGUACACGAACUCAUGGAAUACGUAUAUGCGACUUAGUAGUACGAACUGAACAUUUGAAAGACUUAAUCAAAUUAGCUAUGUCGGAGAGAAAUGACUCUGUGGAUGAAAAUGAAUUCAGUCCUGUGGGGUAUGAAAUCAGACUUACAGAGAAGCAGGAGAGAUCCAGUCAGAAACAAUGGAUAACCGUAGAAGGCUUAGUGGACGAUUACGGGCAACAACAUGAAGAUAUAGAGUUGGAGUUGCCAACCGGGUUUUUCUGGGGGACCCCUUGGCGAAUGCCUCACGCGGGCGAAAGUGGUGAUGACCUGGGCUGGCAGUACGGCACUAGCUGGUCAACCACAUCGUGGACGAAGUCAGAGACCGAGGCCACCUCAGUGCGCAAGCGCCUGUAUGUGCGGAAGCUUGCAUUCAAUGACGACGUGAAGCUGACUGAGUCCGUUUUCCAGCGGAUGAAAGCGUUGGGAGUGGUACAUGCCAAGUUUGUGCCAAACCACGCACAGGACGACUAUGCACACAACCACAGCACACAGACACAGCCCAACAACAGGCAACGGAAUAACGCACUCAACAACCAAUCACACAACAACAACACACACAACAACAACACACACAACAACAACACACACAACAACAACACACACAGCAACAGAGACCCCGCCACUGACAGACAACACAGUCAGACCACGGGCACACGUUCCGCUGGAGAGCCGAAGUCGCGGAAGGGCACGAAAUCGAUUGUCGAGCAGCCGCACAGCCUUCCCACACAUGGGGGAGCCCAUCCUCCAGGAGUAAGGAAGUGCCCAGAGCAGGGGCCAAACGGCCACAACGACUCAGACACCACACCGACGGCAUCAGACAGUGACAGAGACACCGACGACGACGAUGACACGACUACAUUCCAUGACAAGGCCUCACACAAACACAACAGCUCGCGACCAAUGGGCAGCCAUUCACCCGAUGGCUCAGGCACAAAGACAUCGUACACGACAUACAUGGGUACCACUGACACAGUCAACGACGCCGAUGGCAGUCUCAAGAGCACCGCAAGUGAAAAAGCGGACAAGAACACCGAAGGCGAACUAAGAAUUGUCGAGACAAGCGACGGCACUGUGGCCGAGUACGACGAAGCCAUCUACGAGAACCAAAGGUCUGGUCUUGUGGGCGGGUUCUCUGUGAACUGGUUGAUUCCGUAUGUGGACAAACGAGGCGAGUGGAGCAAUGCCGAAGGAGAGCCCGUGCCCUCCAGCGACGACUUUAAGAUUCCCAUGGGGUGGAAGUGGAAAGCCGACUGGGUGGUGGACGACUGGCAGUAUGCGUUUAGUUUCUGGGAUAAGGUGUGGGCGUCGGAUGCGUCUAACGGAUCGUUUGUUCGCAGGCGGAAGUGGUCACGCACCAGACACAUGCUGCUCAACGACAAGAAGACAUCGGUAGACACAGCACAACCCCCACCCAUCAACGUGUUACAGAUCAACGGUUAUGUGACAUCGUGCAUGGUACUAGUGUGUCUUCUGAUGGCCUUGACUUCUGUGGUGCAAUUGUGGGUGUUCGUGGGGAUGGGCAACACAGUCACACUGCUUAUGCCACAGACGUUCUCGGACAGUCUGUGACGGCAGCGGCCAGCCGUAGUACAGGCAGGGAAGGGUUAUCGAAAAUAUAUCAAAAUAUUGGAUAAUAAAGUACGCUGAUACAGAAUACCCAAGUAUAUUUCAAUUCAGAAUACAAAAGUACAUCACAAUUCAGAAUACAAAUGUAUAUCCUGAUUCAGAAUAAAAACGCACAUCC